UUGCAGAAUGUUAGUAUAUUUGGUUAUUCAAGAAGAAGUCUUACAAAUGAAGAUUUACGAUCUAUAAUCAUGAGGAAUUUGACGUGUAGAGUAGAUCACCAGGAAAAUUGUGAUGAAAAGGUGGAUGCUUUUCUCAAGAAGACAUACUAUCAGUUUGGAGGCUAUGAUAACUGUGAAGGAAUGACAACCCUCGAUUCUCAAAUGCAGAAGCUGGAGGCUGAUGGAAGAGCAAAUCGAAUAUUUUACCUGUCUGUACCACAAGGAGCCCUUCUUGACGUCGCAACAUGCAUAGCAGAUAAGGCUCAAAGCAAAAGGGGUUGGAAUCGUAUAAUUAUUGAGAAGCCUUUUGGCUUCGACACAGAAUCAUCAGCCAAGUUGACACGGGGAUUGCUUUCUAAAUUUUAUGAGGAGCAAAUUUACAGGAUAGACCACCGUCUUGGAAAGGAUCUCAUUGAGAAUCUUACAGUUUUACGCUUCUCUAAUCUUGUCUUUGAGCCUCUAUGGAACCGCCAAUACAUACGAAAUGUACAGGUAAUAGUAUCAGAAGAAUGGGGAAUUGAAAGAAGUGGACGGUAUUUUAACAAAUACGGAAUUAUCAGGGAUAUAGUUCAUAGUCACAUAUUGCAGACAAUUGCCUUAUUAGCCAUGGAACCGCCAGUCGGUCUCAAUGGUGAAGAUAUUCGAAAUGAAAAGGUUAAGGUUCUGAGGUCCAUGAAGAAGCUAGACCUUGAAGAUGUUGUUCUCGGUCAGUAUAAAGAAGGAGUGCAGAGUGGUGGAAAGGCGGGUUCCUUGCAAAACUCUGAUGUUCUCUGGAAAAGCCUUAUUCCAACAUUUGUAGCUGCAGCAUUAUAUAUCGAUAAUGCACGUUGGGAUGGAGUCCCUUUCCUCAUUAAAUCUGGAAUAGGCCUUAUUAAAAACAGGGUUGAGAUACGCAUUCAAUUCCGCCAUGUUCCAGGUAAUCUAUAUCGGGACCAAAUUGGACACAGUAGUAACCUUGCUACGAACGAGCUCAUUCUUCGGGAGCAACCAAAUGAAGCAAUUCUUGUGAAGAUCAAUAAUAAAGUCCCAGGGCUAGGGAUGCAGUUGGAUGCUUCAGAGCUAAAUUUGCUCUACAAAGAUAAGUACAAUGUAGAAAUGCCAGAUUCAUAUGAACAACUAAUAUUGGACGUGAUAGAUGGAGACAACCACCUUUUCAUGCGCAGUGAUGAACUAGAGGCAGCAUGGAACCUGCUAACCCCACUUCUUUAUGAAAUUGAAAGCAACAAAGUUGCACCAGAAUUGUACCAAUUUGGCGGCAGGGGUCCAGUUGGUGCAUAUUAUCUUGGAGCCAAACAUGGUGUUAGAUGGGCUGAUGAUUAGUUCUAUAAUAUCCAAGUCAGAACAUUACAUCAUUAGGUUUGAUACCAGCAGCAUUGCAUAUAAGUUAUGGAACUCGGAUCUGAUGCAUUUCCGCC